GCGCAAAAACCUGAUAAGACGUGUAACGUUCUUUCCAGCAGCAGCCAAAAAUACAAAUACAUCACUUCCCUUAGCCGCUUGUAACUGCUCCUUCAUAAAACCACACUAUUCUAGGGUUCAAACUUGCAUUAAUAAACCUAAAUAAUUCGUUUUCUUUAAAGGAAUUUUGAUUCUUCUUUAAUCUGAUAAAUAAAUCAUCUGAUUAAGGGAUUUUAUUGAAUUAAUGAAGAAAUCAAACAGGGUGUCGUGGGCUACUGGACCUAAUCUUCGUCAGGUAAAACAUUUUCUACAAGAGGAUUGCCCAUCAAAAGUCGGUAGGGGAUCUCAACAUCAUCUUCAGCUGUCGCGGUCACCACCAGGUAUUAUUAGACCAUCAUUUGAAGGAAGACAUUGUCUGAAGCAGUCAAAAGAGAGGCUUCCUCUCAUUCGUCUGGCUAAAUGGAAAUGCCCUCCCAAGUUUAAUUUGAACGAGAAAUGGCGUAUGGUUGCUGGUGAAGAAAGCAAAGAAGCAGAGGAUCAGGAGCGUAGGGAAAAGAGAGUGCUUGAGGCGGUUUAUCCUUCUCAGUCUGCAAUUCCUGCCAAUCCUUCCACCUCGUCGGAUCUGGACCAAUAUUAUGACGAUAACCAAACUCAAGUGGUUCCAAUCAUUGGCAUUGAAGAAGCAGAAGAUGUCGAAGUUUCAUCCCAUUUAACACCAGCCCAAAACAUCAGCAGCAAAUUGCCAGAUGCAUGUCUACCUAACAGUCCCUCAUCAUCUGUUAGUAUAGUUACUUCUCAAAAGCUACCUGCUAAUGGAAAAUCCUUUUCCCCGUCUUUGUCAACCUUCCAAAAUCCCAAGAAACCUCCUAGCAAAUCUCCUUUUUCUGUCAGAUGCCCUGCUAAUGUGCAAUCGGCCCCUCCAUAUCUUUUAAAAUGUCAAAAUCUGAAGGGAUCUGAGCAAACUCAAGUUUCUCCUAAACCACCUGUUAGCUACAACUCUCUUCCCCAGUAUCCGUUGACAUGUAAACUUCUCAGCACUCCUGACCAGACUGAAUUUUCUCCAGACUUGCUAGCUAAUCAGAACCAUGCACCCAAUUGUCGAAAAGUAUGUGGAAACCAGAAUAUUUCACAGCUCAAGUCUCAAGUUUCUGGAAUGCCACCUGCUAAUGACAACCCUGUCACCCAAUUCCCAUCCACAUGUGAAAAUCCCAACAUUCCUCAGCACCAGGCUGAAGUUUCGCCGAAGUCCCUAACUAACCCCACUCCUGCUACCCAGUGCAACAAUCAAAAUUCUCCAAAGCUACCUGCUAAUGGCAUCUGCGUUCCCCGAUCUCAAUCAAGGAGUGAACAUCUGGGUGUCCCUAAGCACAAAACUCAAGUUUCUCCUAAACCACCUGUUAGCUACAACUCUGUUCUCCAGUAUCCGCUGACAUGUAAACUUCUCAGCACUCCAGACCAGACAGAAUUUUCUCCAGACUUGCCAGCUAAUCAGAACCAUGCGCCCAAAUGUCGAAAAGUAUGUGGAAACCAGAUUGUUUCACAGCUCAAGUCUCAAGUUUCUGGAAUGCCACCUGCUAAUGACAACCCUGUCACUCAAUUCCCAUCCACGUGUGAAAAUCCCAACAUUCCUCAGCACCAGGCUGAAGUUUUGCCAAAGUCCCUAGCUAACCACACUCCUGCUACCCAGUGCAACAAUCAAAAUUCUUUAAAGCUACCUGCUAAUGGCAUCUGCAUCCCCCGAUCUCAAUCAAAUAGUGAAAAUCUGGGUGUCCCUAAGCACAAAACUCAAGUUUGUUCAUAUCCACCUGCUAGUGAAAAAUCUAUCCUUGAGAUGCCACAUGGUUUUGAGGGUGGUGAUUUGAUGGUUGCUGUAGCCACAACUGUAGCUGCACUCGCAAAAAGUCAAGAGCAGGGUAGUCUGAUUGAUACCGACCUAUUGGUUAAGCUUCUCAGCAAUCCAGAACAAAUACAGAAGCUGAUGAAUGAACAGGGAGGGGCUACCAAUCCUAAAACUGGCGCUGCAUCAAACCCUAUUGUUCCUUCUAGUACCACCCCAAGGUCAACAGCGGAUUCUCUGAAUAAGCAGGUAACUGGUAAGGUAAUUAACAAGCCCAUUAAUGAAUACCAAGUUCCCCAUGCAGGAUCUGGACCAAUAUUUGGGCCAAUGCCAAUGGCAAAAUCUGCGCCCAUGGCGAUCAAUAAACCUGACACAUCCAUGAAAAGUAAUUUGGCUAAUGAACAAGGGGCUCCUCCUCAUGUAGGAACUGCAGACAUUAGGAGGAAUAUGCCACUAGUUCACCCCACUUCACACCUAAAUUUGGAAAAGAUAAAGAAACUGAUUAAUGAAUAUGGAGCACCCGACAAUGUAGGAGGGAAGCCCUUGGUUAAUUCUGAGUUGGUUCCUUCAUCUUCUUCCAAAUGUGAUGUGGUUUCGUUGCAUUCACCAAAUACUGGACAUACAUCCCCUUUCAUCUCGAUGACUAGUCCUGCCCCGCUUCAUAAGGAUAUCAAUUACUACAAGUCCCUGAUCAAGCAACAUGGAGAAAAUCCUGAAUCUGUGGAUCAUGAACUGUUACAGAGUAGCAAUCCUCUGGAUCAUGCAGAAUUGUUAAAGAACUUAAAACCAAAUCAGGGUAGCAUGAAUUUUCAGAAGCGUUGUGCUUUCUUCGGUAAACCAAGGGGAUGCCUUAAUGGCAACUCCUGUCCCUUUCUGCAUGAUAUGUCUGGACAAAGGAGGUCUGGGGGGAUGUUGGAAGCUCCGGGUUCAAAGAGAAUGAAGUUAACUGGGGAACUUACUGGUAGGACAUGAACCUUUUCUUUUUAUACAGGAAACUAGUGCCACAGCUGUUUAAACGUACAAACUCUGUUUUCGUUUUCCUUGGGGCAAUUUUAAAGCGUAGCCGUUUUAAACGUAGAUUAAAAACUUAGAAUGAGAAUUGGCUUUUAUCUGAAAAGUUUUGAAGGAUUUUUCUAUGAAAUGAAACAUUGAAGUUGGAUGAA